AUGACUGUUUGGCGAUAAAUUCAAAUUCAUAUUAAAAAUUUCAAGAGCUAUGGCGUAGAAAAUCAAAAUCAAUCAAAAUCUUCGAUCAAUUGCCAAUAGCAUGGCGAACUAAAAAUUUAAUCAGUUAUAAUAAAAAUCAUACACGAUGCUUCUCUUGAACGAGUAUAAUAGACAAUACGACAACAUAAACCAUAUAUCCCCGAUGAAACUGGCAAGGAGUGCAUCAGACCAGAAUGUAUUCUUCGCUUACGUAUGCCUGAUCAAUGAAGUAAAACCAUCAUUAAGUGGAAAUAAUAAUGAUAAGAAUUCAAUGGACCGAGGACAAGGGAGAUCGUUACAUGUUAUGAACUCUGACGAAAUUGUUCAAGAUCAUUCAAUAAAAGUAGAGAGAACAAAAGCCCUCUAUGAACUCGUUGAAACACACAAAACUAUCUCUGAACUCGAAAUAGAGCGAAAAAUUGACGCAAGUUUUUGUGAGGAUGACAGUGAUCUUUCUGAUAGUGAAGAAUAUAAUCAAUACAUAAACCCAAAAAAACUAAAAUUGACAAAAAUGAAAUGGUUGUCUGAAGGAAGAGAAGGCUCUAUAGAUUCCAGUUCACAAUCUUUGACAACAAGUAAUUCAUCUAACUCAACUUGUAGCCGGGAGUCGGAUGACGGAAUAAAUCAUCGUCAGAGUUUCGGAGAAAAGUGUUUAUCAACAAUUCUCAAAUUAGACCGAGAACACAAUAUGUUCGGCCUAUCGAAUAUAACGAUAGUUGGAAAGAAGACAUCUAAAAAAAUACGCAAGGAAGACGUUAAACCGGCGUUUCCUCAGACAGCUAUAAUACAAAUAUGUUGCGCAAAGGGCUGCUGUAAGAACAAGAGUAAUACUGAUCUACCCGCUUCUUUAAAGUGUGGCGGAUGUCGCAGUUGCUGUUUCGACCCAUAUUGCCCAAUUUGUGUUGGGCCUUGCGACCCGCCUUGUGUUGAUCCUCCCUGCCCGUCACUUUGCAGUCAAUGUCCUAGAGGAAAAUGCAGUUGUAAGUCACUAUGUCAUACUUCCAAGUGUAGGCUCGAUUGCAACAACUGUUAUGGCUUGAAGGUAUCAUUUAAAAGGAAACCUAAGUUCGAGCCAUCCCCUCUGGAGCUAACGCCUCGAUCUAGUUGCAUUUUGCAAAAGCCUAUGGCCGCUAGGUCUUGUCACCAUUUCCCCCAAUGUCUUCCCCCCUCUUCCUGCUUUCCUUACCUGAUGCCGUGCUACUGGCCAGCACGAGCUGGAGCCCCUUGUAACCACCCAUCGCGAUGUUUCCAUAACCCACCAUGUAGAGCGCCAAGGAAGAGAAAGUAUCCAAUUCCGCCCGAAGAACAAUGUCCUUCUACUGGUAAAUGCAACGAUGAAUCGAAGAACACUAAAUGUGAGAACCAAUUUUGUCCUGGGAAUAAUCCAUCCAUGAAAACGGCAAUUGAGAGUAGAUUUGGUGGGAAAAACUGAAAAUAUAAUGGAUAAAACGCCAAAAGACCAGCACCCUUGUUCGUGUUUGGGGACAGUUGAAAUAGUUUCCUUGAAAACUAUUUAUGGUAAUACGAAGACAAACAAACAGUUACCCAAG